CAAGAAAUGAUUUACCAAGUGGGGUCUCAAAUAGAGGUCACGUAGAACUUUCUUGGACUCUUUCAGAGUUUGAUAAUUACAUCUGCCAGAGCUUUCCCAUGGUUAGCCUGAAUGUCAUUGGAUAUCAUCUUGCAAGAGCUGAUAAGACCAGGGUUCUGACUAAAAUUCAGGCUAAUACAUUGAAAGACCUGAAGAAAACAGUUGGAAGAAGCAGGGUUUAUAUUAUUCCCCAGACCACUAUUACACUGCCGUUACAGGUGAGUUUUUUUGUUUUAUUUGUUCUAUUAGGGCAGCACUCCUUUUGAAUUUUAGCAUACUGAUGAGAAUUAUCAAACAUUUCUUUUCCAUUUAGAUCCCCGAACCUGAAGGGGCUCAUAGCCCACCAGAAACAUCUCCACCAACUGGACCUGAGACAGCUUCACAGUCUCUAGCUUCUUCAGCAUCCACACAACUGAUGACCACACCAACUGCUGCAUCGACAGCCAUCAGACCUGCAGCCUCAACCACUGCCCCUGCAGCCAUUGAUGUAUUUCCAUCCCAAUCCCCUUCAUCACUGGCCCUCAGACCUCAAGCCUCAGGUUCUGCCCCCCAGGUUACACCCCCUGCUCCUACGGUUCCUAUGAACAUGCCAGCAUUCACAUCUAACAGUAAUUCUCAUAUAGGUGCAGAGUCCCCUCCCCUUAAUGCCAUGUCACUCUCUUCAACUCUUGACAUUGAUGGAAGCUCACCAAGGACAGACUCAAACCCAUCACUUGAGGCAAGUUUGGAUCCUGCACAGUGGCUGAAUGCUGGUACCCCAGAGGUCUUUUACAGAAGGGCACAUGUGGAACCACCUAAUAGUACUUCUAUCAAUGACUUUGUCAUUGAUGAUUCAGAGGAAGGGGAAGAGGACGAUAACAUUGCAGUUCCUUUUGAAAGUGACAUGCCUACUUCUAGGAUCACCUUUCUGGGGGGCGUCAUAUCCACUUGUUGUAUCAGGAGGAAAAAGCUUCUGGAGAGUGCCAUUAAAGCAAUCUCCAGAGUCACUUUCUGUUGGACCGAUUCACCACAGAUUGAGUUUGUAGGAGAAGAUGCAGAUGAUAUGGGGGGACCACAGCGAGAGUUUUUCAGACUCUUGAUGAUAGAGGUUCAGACCUCUCUUGGCAUUUUCGAAGGAAAGGCUGGCCAGGUCUUUCUUAGUUACGACCAAGCAGCAUUAGACCAAAAUAAGUACUUCAAAGCUGGGAAUCUUAUCGCUUGGUCGAUUGCACAUGGAGGUCCAUGCAUCAAAGCCCUGGAUCCCAGCCUCUUCCAGCUGAUGUGUGGCCAGGAGCCACAGCUUGAGCAGUUUGACUGGCAGUUGCUGCCUGACCCAGAGGUGCAAAGCAAAGUCAAAAGGAUCCUAGAGUGCAAGACUGCAGGGGACCUGACAGCACUCCAGGAAGACUUGGGGGACUGGAUUAAUGAGUGUGGUGUCCCAUUCAUAUUCACAGCUACAAUUGAAGACAUACCAAAAAUCUAUGCUUACGUGGUGAAGCACUACAUCUUUCUCAGAACGGCCAGAAUGGUACACCAGUUCACAGAGGGAAUGAACGCUUUUGGGAAGCUGUGGGACCUGGUAAAGGAGAACUGGAUUGCCUUCCUACCAUUGUUCACCAACAUGCAGGAGCCUUUGUCAAAGGCAGCAUUCAAGGCCAUCUUCACUUACAGUUACAGCAGUAGAGGAACCAACCGACGUGAGGAAGAGGAGGACACCAUCUACUGCUGGGAGCUGGUUCUGAACAUGAUUGAAGACAAAUUGACUGAACUCAGAUUCGAAGACCUUCUGAUAUUCAUCACUGGUGCAGAUGAAGUCCCUGCCCUUGGGUUUCCAAAUAAGCCCUGCAUUGACUUCUUUGAACAGGAGUCAGGCCAGCGACGUUUGCCCUACGCCUCGACUUGCAUGAUGUGCUUGUUCCUUCCUAGAGGAAUCACGCAGGAGGACGAAUUACAUCGGAUGCUUUUUCAGGCCACUAAAGACUCUUUGGGAUUUGGAAAGGUUUAGUCCUUACCAAUUUAA